AUGGAAACUGAAAGGCAGAGACGUGGAUUGGCUAGUGAGGAGCAAGUUUCUGAAGUGAACUCUCUGUGCAACUAUAUUAAAACAAUGCAUGUGUUUGACGACAACGGCACUCCACGUUACACUGCUGAAGAACUUGCCGGUGCUGUGAAGAAGUGUGAGCUCUGUGACAUCAAAGCCCAUGAACUUGCUUUCGACGGGAACUAUGAGAAUGGUACGUUCUGUGUUAAAAAGGAAGAGCCAUGUGAGUGA